CGGAGCGGCGCCCACUCUCUCAUUCUCAUUCUCGUUCUCAUUUCUCAUUUCUCAUUCUCAUUUUCGUUCAUUCGUCAACAGACGAGCGAGGCUCGGGAAACGUCGACGAUGCGCUUCUGGGGGGAGGGUUUUGUUGAUUUGUCGAUGAGUGGAGUCGAUCGAGCGAACGACAUAGCCGUGUGAGUAGUAUGUCUGUUCAGACGACCAAGACCAUCACGCCGAUGUGCGCGCGAGGUGCGCGCGAUCCAAGGUCGUUGCGUUUGUAGGUCGCGGAGAGAGUUUUCAAUUGGAAAAAUUUGCUGUCGUGUAGGAGAGGGAGAAGGUUUUCGAUCGGAAAGUGGGAAGUUGAUUGAUAAGCGUGUGUAGUAUUCUAUAAGGGAUUUGAAGGCAAAGCGCGCCGGGAGAAGCGCACUCACGCCAAGAGAGAGAGAGUGAGAGAGAGAGUGAGAGAGAGAGUGAGAGAGAGGUAGUGCAGCGGGGAGAGAGGGAGAAGGAGGAAGAUGGGGAGAGGAUAUGGUGGUUGGUUAUGGAGAGUGACGGGGUUGGUGGUAGUGGUGAUUAUGUUGUGUAUGAUGGGUAAAGAAGCCCAGAUGGCGAAUGCACAGGCUUUGGAGGCGGACAUGUCCAACUUUGUGGGAAUGAGAACUUUCCAAGACCUAGAGAGGGGGGAAAAUGGACUUGAAUUCGCGGCGUCUCAUCGCAGAAGGCUGUAUGAGGCGUCCGGGUACUCCUGGAUGGAUCGAGCUUAUCGCCAGCAGCGGCCGUACGGAGGAGGUUACUAUGGUAACGGUCCGUACGGGGCCAGGAACAAUUACGGGUAUGGGAGGAGGUACUUCUAAAAGUCGAAGGCGACUCGCUCGGAGAGCAAGUUCAGAUGUGUGACAACCUUUGAUUGGGUGAUUAGGCGCGAGUUCCGAUGUGUGACAGCGGUGUGACUACGGUGCUCUUUCUUCUAUGUGGUUACGGUGUAAUUUAGGAAAAAGGGCAUUGCACUGCGUUCUCGUGUUCUCUUCCCUCCGUCUUGUCCUGUUCACAGAUUCCCUUCCGCUAUUUCCUUCUCUGUGAUUUGGCCUCGCUUCUCGCCUCGUGUACUUAAACGCGAAUUUUUGGAGACCCUUGUCCGGUUCGGUUUCCCCUACUCUCGCCUAGGAGUUUUCCUGAACUGCUGUAUCGUAUUCCUACUGCAGUGGAUUCUAUAUAAUCCGGACUUGUGUGCGGGCCAAGGAAACUGUCGAAUCCCCUUGUACGUGAGAUUAUGGGAGCGCCACGUGUUCCCGCUACCUCCUGCCUUGGGAGCUUUUGUGGUUGAUUUGAGUGCUAUCAUGAUGAGAGAACGCGAGAGUAGAUGUGUUAGGAGGUGGACAUUGGCAGCAACAUGGGAGAGGACACGCGUAUUUUAUGCUUUUAACUCGCACAAUAUUGUAUCGUUCUUUGUCUUGUACAAGCAUGUAUCUUUUGAUUCGCGUGUAUGAUGUUGUUGUUGUUGUGAUCGUUAUUUCGAUUGUGUUUUAAGUCCUAUGUAUUGGCUUGUUGGUAUGCAUCUCUCCGCCUCUCUGUGCCUGUGAAUGUCAGACAACUGUCGCAUGAAGAGAUGAUGGAAGGGUAGGGUGCGGACUGGAUAUUUCCCUCUUACCUCUAAACAGCACAAAGAGAGAGAGAGAGAGAGAGAGAGAGAGAGAGAGAGAGAGAGAGAGAGAGAGAGAGAGAGAGAGAAAUGUUGACCGAGUUCUGUACGUCGUCGCGGAGCAAUGAAUAGGGCUCAGUGAA